AUGUCUGAGUUGGAUUUUGCUGCCGAAAUUCUCCCAAAAAGUGUCAAGCUUUUAGCAGUGACAGGGACUAAUGGAAAAUCAACUGUUGUCACUUUUGCUGGACAGGGUGUGAACCGGGCGGCCGGAGCCGUGUGUGGUGGCCGGAGCCGUGUGGAGAAAAUAUGGAGAGUGGAGAGGGAGAAAGAGCUCCGGAUAUUUUUCUCCGGAGCCUCGGGGCUAGGGUUUCGUAGAGAAUAUGCUGAGUUUAUUCUCUACCCAAAUUCGUAG